ACAACCUGUUAAUCAGUUACAACUUUUCCAAGGGCCAAGUGUAGAGCUGUGUUUCUAGAUCUGUUUUGCCUACUUGGACGUAAAUGUGGCAAAAGUGUUUGGUUUUCACGAAUUGCUCGGUCAUUUGGAGUAUAUUGAGGAACAACUGAGACCAAUAUUUCUGUUUUAGUCAUUUUUCUCAGUACAGAAUUUGUUCGAGUGUAACUUCCGGGUGGCCGCGAUCUCACGGUGUAACUUCCUCCUUCCCCGGCCACAUUUGUAAACAUAAUCCAGACAUGCUGCAUGUGGUUACUGUUGUACUUUUGGUAUGGUGUUUUGUGCCGUGCAAGACGAGGAAUCCACCGGGACACUUGCAGCCACUUGGACGGCACCGACCCCCCUCAGGCCAGAUUGAAUCGCUGGACACCUUGCCGUCCCCGGAGGACUUCUACCAGCGCUACGCUCUGCCGGGCAGACCGGUGGUGUUGUCGGGCGCGGCGCGACUGUCCCCCGCCUACCACAGAUGGACGGAUCGGUACCUCGGCCAGCGACACGCGAAUGAAGAGGCAGAGGUUGAUUCCUCUAAAAAGGAACGUGCCGACAGUUAUAGGGAAGACAUGCGUAUGGAUGAAUUCUUGCAACAGUAUAACCAAUCCGAGAUGUACAUGCUCGAUCGACUGCCAAAGGGUAUGAUGGAAGAGGUGUACCUCCCCCCGUGCCUGUCCUGCGGUGGUUUCACCCGGCACCUUCACGACAUCAGAAUCUGGAUGUCCAGCGGAGGGACCAAGUCCACCUUCCACAUGGACAACAUGGAGAACAUCAUCUGUAUGUACAGUGGGAGGAAAGACUGGCUACUGGUGGACAGCGAGGUGGGGAGACACACACUGCUGCACCACACGGAUGGCACUGAAGACUUUUCAGUCGAUGUCGAUAGGGUGGACAUGUACAAAUACCCAAGCCUGCGUACCAUCCCAUGGUGGUCAGCACGAAUCGAGCGGGGAGACUGUCUCUACCUACCGCACCGCUGGCUGCAUUUCGUACAGUCAUAUGGGAGGAACUUAGCGGUCAACAUCUGGUGGACACCCAUAUCUUCAUUUGACUACUCCGACUGUACUGCAAGAGACAGUCAAACACCUGUACGGCUUAGUGAACUGGAGUUAAAGCAAGGAGAGCAAAUAAGAUAUGUCAUCAGAGUGUACCUUGAAGAAUAUGGUGGCAAACUGCCCAAAGACAUGGUACAAGCCCAGGUUAUCUAUGAUGAAGUGGUCAUCACUGACUGGGUGUUUAAAGGCCUGGAUACCAACAGGGAUGGCUGGCUAACUGUGGAAGAAAUAAACAACUUACCGGUGGAGACCAUUGAAGAUUUGUUGCCUGAUGUGUAUUUAGAAGCAGUUCAUACCUUUGGACGAUGUGAGGCCUACAACAACACUGCAACUGGAGUCCACACCUUCACAUGUGCCAGUUCAUUCACAUAGCCAGACUUAUGUGCACAUACAAACCAUCGCCUUAUACCACAAGUAUAGAAAAUAUGGUGUGUUAUGUAAGCUUCAAAAAGGUACUGUUUUUAAAAAGAGUUGCAAUUUGAAAGUAUUUAUGUUUACUUAAUAUAUAUCUUAGCACUUCCCAUAUAUGUUUCAAGGGAUUUGGUGAAAUUAAGUAUUCAAAAAGUUUGGUUGGUGUACAUUUCCAUUGCAUUGUAGAUUUUCUAUAUAUUGAAUAUUCUGCGUAAGUAUUUAUCUGAGAAAACUACAUAAGUUGAAAC